GCCUUGCGGGUGUGGGUGGGGGGAAGAAGCACAUCGGAGGCCGCGCAGGUCCCGCUACGACCGAAGGAAUCCCGCGGAGGCGGAGAGAGACGUCAGAGGCAUCGCGCCCGAGAAGUUACACGAUGUUGACGAUGUUGACGGAAGUGCUGAUCCGUCAAACGAAAUUGUUGAAGAGGCAGCCGCCUGCUGGGCUGCGGAGGCAUUUCUGGGGAUGGUUAAACGCAGUGUUCAAUCAGGUUGACCAUGAACGAAUCCGCGCUGUUGGUCCAGAUAGAGCAGCUUCAGAGUGGCUCCUUCGGUGUGGUGCAUCAGUGCGCUACCAUGGCUAUGACAAAUGGCAACAAGAUUACAAUGCAAUCCCUAUGGGUUCGCUGGAGAAAUAUAAGAUCCAAGCCAUCAAUGCCACAGAAUCUUGCAUCAUGAACAGAGGAUUUGAUUAUUUUGAUGGUCUAAAGCAACUUGAAGAAAUAAAGUUUUGCAAGUGCAUAUACAUUGAGGAUGCAUGCUUACAACGGAUUAGCGAGACUCCAAGCCUGCAGAAGAGCUUGCUGCGUUUAUUUCUCAUUUCUUGUGGAAAUGUUACAGACAAAGGCAUCAUUGCAUUGCAUAAGCUCAGCAACCUGGAAUAUUUAUUCCUGAGUGAUCUGCCAGGGAUACGAGAGAAGGAAAGAACUGUUCAGUCCCUUAAGAAAUCAUUGCCGGCACUUGAGCUUGAAUUAGACUUGGAAUAAAAUCCUGACCAUUCUAUGUGGCAUCAUUUGCCUUAUUAAAUCUGUGAAACGAU